AUGAACAACAUCUCGAUCGGAGUGGACCCGUACAUCAGACUGCCACAGGGCACCAUAGGGACCCUCUGCAACUCCUACGAAAAACCUGACCCCAUACCACCAAAAGGUCAACUGAUUAUCGUCUGCGUGGACUCCGGGGUCAGAGGUCGUUAUGUGACCUUGCGGAGGACGGGAGGGUUUCGGAUGGAUGCCUUGUCCAUAUGUGAGAUGAAGGUAUACGCUGUGGACCAGAAAGACGUCAACCACAACAUCUCAAUUCAUUCCGACAACUACAACUUCACCGAAGACGGCCACUCAAACCACCACAACUACAACAACAUCGACAAUUUCUACGAGGAGAAUAACUCCAGCCAGACCAGGCAUUUCAACAACAACAACAACCGCCUAUUCAACAUCAGCUACAAAUCAGUCUUCAUCAAGUUACCAGCAUUAGUAUUCUUGUAA